AUGGACACCACUUCGCAACGAGGUGCCAGUACUUCUGUCGGCACGUCGAAGGAAGAGCGGGACCGCAAUGUGUUGCGUCUCGCUCCUGAAAAGAAGGCAUGGAUGCCUCCUAAAUCCGUCAUGGAUCACUUGUCGGCGACGACGAGUGAUCGUUAUCGAACACGGUUGUUCGAUUCGUCGAGGAUCCAUCACCUUGACCCCAGUGCGAAAAACUAUCGCGCUGAGAACGAUUUCUUCAUCGAUGCUUUCUUCAAACAUCGAUGGUACAGUGGGAAUCACAAACGUGAUGGUCCCUCACUGCUUCAGGCGUGGAACGCCUACAUCCAUAAUCUCGAGGAUGUAGGUCGUGACGCUUGGAACGACAAACUUAUCAAAGCUCGUGAUAAGUUUGAAAAGCGAACCCCGACAGGUGCACGCUAUAAGCUGCAUCGUCUGUCAAGGGAGAAAGGAUUACCCUGCCUCUCUUGGGGAGACUCGUGCCCAUGUUGUGUGAACAACUCUGCACGAGCACCUAAGGAGGCUUACCUCCCUACCAGCCCGUGGUGGCGCGUACGUGUCUCUACUGAGAUGUACGAAUGGAUUGACAACCUGAAAUCCCUUUACGACCGUGCCGGGAAGACUUUCUCCGGCGGUCCUUCUGCGGCACAGGAUGUGUCGCGUCGUACUGCUCAACCAGACCCAGUACGUCAACCAUCAGUUGGGAGCGGGGCUCCCAAGAAUCCCAGGACGGGGGAUAGCCGCGCCACCGGACGAGAUAACUCGUCCGACGUCCGUUCACGUCGCGGUGGUUCAACAGCUGCUCUACUAGAUAGCGCUGGCCACCGCGAGAGUCCUCUAAUGGAGGUGGAGGAGGAGGAAAGACGCUCUCCACACGAUCAUGUGGAUCGGUGUGUUCCUGAGAGCUUCUUUGAUCGCGUAACGCAAGGGUUACGCGACGAUCUCGAGCAUGAGCGGGAUAGGCGUCUCCAAAUGGUGGACACUGCCUCGAAGCAUCGAGCUGAGUUUGCCUUUGCUCAGCUUGAGAACGAGAGAUCUCUGACAUCUCUUCGUGACGAGCUAAGGGUAUCUCGUGGGAUUGUUGAUCUGUCUCGGGCUGAGAUAACUGCUCUUCAGACCCUUGUUGAUGCCCACCAUCGGGAGCACAAGGCUCUCUGCGAGAUGCUUGAGCGCAAGGGCGUUCUUCAUCGGAAGAAGCAGCGUACUGAUGGUACGGCUUAA